GAUAUCCGGUUCCUCUGGGCGCUCAGGGAGCUGACGGAGAGGGCCGCCGCCCAACAGUAGUCGCUGUCUCUGCCGGCUCCGCCGCAGUCUCCGGUGUGUGAGUGAGGCCGGGCCUGGUCCCCUCUCCCUCCGCCGCCAUGGGCUGCACUUUGAGCGCCGAAGACAAGGCGGCGGUGGAGCGAAGCAAGAUGAUCGACCGCAACUUGCGGGAGGACGGGGAGAAAGCGGCCAAAGAAGUGAAGCUGCUGCUACUCGGUGCUGGAGAAUCUGGUAAAAGCACCAUUGUGAAACAGAUGAAAAUCAUUCAUGAGGAUGGCUAUUCAGAGGAAGAAUGUAAACAAUAUAAAGUAGUUGUCUACAGCAAUACUAUACAGUCCAUCAUUGCAAUCAUAAGAGCCAUGGGACGGCUAAAGAUUGACUUUGGGGAAGCUGCCAGAGCAGAUGAUGCCCGGCAAUUAUUUGUUUUAGCUGGCAGUGCGGAAGAAGGAGUCAUGACUCCAGAAUUAGCAGGAGUGAUUAAACGGUUAUGGCGAGACGGUGGGGUGCAGGCUUGCUUCAGCAGAUCCAGGGAAUAUCAGCUCAAUGAUUCUGCUUCAUAUUACCUAAAUGAUUUGGAUAGAAUAUCCCAAACCAACUACAUUCCAACUCAGCAAGAUGUUUUGCGGACAAGAGUGAAGACCACAGGCAUUGUGGAAACACAUUUCACUUUCAAAGACCUGUACUUCAAGAUGUUUGAUGUAGGUGGCCAAAGAUCAGAACGAAAAAAGUGGAUUCACUGUUUUGAGGGAGUGACAGCAAUUAUCUUCUGCGUGGCCCUCAGUGAUUAUGACCUCGUUCUGGCUGAGGAUGAGGAGAUGAAUCGAAUGCAUGAAAGCAUGAAACUGUUUGACAGCAUUUGUAACAACAAAUGGUUUACAGACACUUCGAUCAUUCUGUUCCUCAACAAGAAGGAUCUUUUUGAGGAAAAAAUAAAGAGGAGUCCAUUAACUAUCUGUUAUCCAGAAUACACAGGUUCCAAUACAUAUGAAGAAGCAGCUGCUUACAUUCAGUGCCAGUUUGAAGAUCUGAACAGAAGAAAAGAUACCAAGGAGAUCUACACCCACUUCACCUGUGCCACAGACACCAAGAAUGUGCAGUUUGUUUUUGAUGCUGUUACAGAUGUCAUCAUUAAAAACAACUUAAAGGAAUGUGGACUUUAUUGAAGAGUGUGGAUGUUAAAUAAAAGUUAUUACAGUGUGGAGUGUUGAGACCAGACUUCUUUUGCUGUCUCAUUGGGCAGCUGCAAGCAUGAACGGGACCAGGGAAUGGCAGCGGCAUGCAGAAUUUUAGUACUCUUUAGCACAAUCUUCUGUAUUAGGGAACUCUUAAUUGACAUGAGAUGCUAAAGUCAGACAUUGGAAUUGGAACAACUGUAAAGUAUGAUUUGAUCAUCAAGACAUCACUUGGAUUUCACAAUCUCAAAUGUUUAGGGCAGAUGUCAAGUUGAGGUGCUGCAUUCCAGAACUUCAAUAUGUAGCUUACUCUUUUUUUUUCCUUCUUGACAAACCACCAGUAGUUCAUUUUUUAAGUUGGUUUUUUUGUUUUUUGUUUUUUUUUUUAUCAAGGGAAGAGUAACUUCACUAAGUUUUAUUUCUUUGUGAAAGAAUCUUCAUUAAAACACACACAGUCUUAACUAUGCACAUGAUGUGACCAGAUCAUCUUGAAAAUUUUCCUCUUAGUAGGAACUCUUUGUUUUUAACUCUUGGUAUGGUCAGAAUGUAAUAUUUCCAUAAUUACUUAAUUCUUUACAAUUAUUGGGGCUUUAAUUUUAGCUUUUUUGGAUGAAAUUUAUGUUAUUAUCCUGUUCAAAGUACCAUUACGGUUUCUAAAUGGUAAUUACAUUGAAGAAUUCUGUAGUAAGAUUCCAGCUCUUUUUUUAAGCUUGUGGUUGAAGGUUAACCUGGUUUAUGCUGAUUACCGAAUUACUAGAUAAAUGCUGAUGUAGUAUGAAGUCAGCUUCUUGGAUACAGACACACCCAGGGCAGCUGCCAGUUAGAAAUGCAAAUUGCUGAAUUCCAAACAGAACCAGUGACUUUGCUGCUACACAUCUGCUAAAUUGACCACUUCAAUUCUUGCUUGUCCGUCUCAGUCAUAGGGAGUUCUGUAAAAGAUGCCCCUUGUUUUCCAUCUUCCAUUGGCUUUUUCUGUUGGGAAACAUCUAAAGUGUAUUAACAGUGCAUGCCUUUACUUUGUAAACGUGGUGCCAAAUCCCUGUUUGCCAUUGUUUUUAUCGUAGCAAUGUUCAUUGUAGUAAUCCUUAGUCAGUACCUUCUUUUGCUGAAACUAUUGAUUUGGGGACUUUUUUUCCACUUUGUUGUGUGUACAGAUUUUAAUCUGUUAUAGUUGGCAGCAGUAUUAAAAUGGUGAGUAAAGAGUCCAGGUUUGUUCCUGUUUGUAACUAGUCCUUUCUGGAAGUAUUUUCUUCUGUUGCUUUUUGCCCCUGCUGUGUGCUUAGGCCUUUGUCUGAGAAUGGGUUUAGGUAGAAGGGUUCCCUGAAGGUGUUAGUCUUUUGGUGUAAUAGUAUUGUUGAAUCUUGGCCUGACUGAGCGUGUUAUGUCAUAUCUGUGUUAGUGAUAUGCAGUCAAAACUCAUUUUCCAGAUUUACAUUUUGGUUGUGUGGAGAGCUCUAUUCACCUCAGCCUGCAGGUCCUUUUGUACAAUGUACAGCAAAUGUCAUUAAAUAUUGAAUGGUCCAUUAGGGGAAGGCAAAUGAAGAGAAUGCAUUUUAAGCAUUCCAAAUCAGUAGUUUGAGCAGUGCCUUUUGGGGUCUGAUCUUUUUGGAUUGGAUUCUAUUUCAUCUUUUGAUGUGACCUUUCACUAGUUCAAAAAAAAAAUGGUUGGUGGUCAUCAAAGCUGGUUCAGAAAGCAAGCCACAGCACUUCAGUGCCUUUAUUGGUAGUUUUUUUGUUUUUCUUUCGUGGGAAAAAUAUAACUAUACAGAUGGUAUAACCGUAUUAUCUAACAGUUUUUUUUUUUUUUAGGAUUGGCAAAACUGCAUCUAAAAGAAAGAAAAUUAUCAGCUUCAAUUGGUGAUUGACUUAUGCCCACAAUGUAAAUAGGGAUAGUUCUUGUUCAUUUUGAAUAUAUCUUUUCCUUAUUGUAUUCUGUGAUACAGGAUCAUCUGGAAAUGAGAACUGGUAGAAUGUUGGUUUAACUGUAGUCUUUCUAUAGUCUGGGUAAUGGGAUGGCGUUGAUAACACAAAAUAAGGGAUAAUCCAAAAAAAUUAAUACUUUGAAAUGCAUUUUCAUUUGAAUAUGUCUGUCUGAUACGUUAAUUUUUAGCCCUUCUGUCAAUGAAAAACAGUAGUUCUCCACAUUUUUGCCUCUACACCAUUUACAUUUGUCCUGUGUUUACAUGAGGAUCACCUCCUACCCCCCCAUGCCAAAUAAUUUAUCAAAAUGCACAUUCCUUAAGGACACAGGGACACAGUUUCAAUCAGUGGUUUUCAAAUAUGCCUUAAGUCAAAAUCACCUGGAUCCAUCUCAGAGAUUGACUCUUGGCUGGUGGGCUGGCAUUCUGUAAUUUUAAAAAGGUGAUUCUGAUCAUCAGCCUUACAAAUCAUUAUUGUAUCAAUAUAUUGAAUUAAAAGGUCUUUUCUUACAGCAGAGCCAGAAUGUGGGAAUGAAACCUCAUAUCUAUUAGCCUGGAGAAAAAGGAUUGAUGUUUGUAAUCAAAGAAGUGAAAAAUUGCCUGUGUCUUUUUGGUGGAGAAUACUGGAGAUUUGUGAUGGAUCGUGUUUCAGAAUUUAGGUGCCCAGUCUUUGGACCACAUAAGAAAUCAGCACAUCUAAGAAAAUUAAAUUUUAACAAAUAAAGAACAGGAAACAGACACUAGCAGGAAGGAUUGUUAACAGUACCUUUAUUUUGUUGACAGUCACAUCUUCUCCACCUGAUUAAAACCCUGGGCUGUAGAAUUGCCAUCCAUUAGGCUCUAUGUAGAGAGGAAGUAUUCUGCUCCUUAAUGGCCAGUCUUCUCUUACCUUAUAAUUUCAGCCUUGCAACAGAUUUCACCUCCUGGCAUGAAAAUUCCAAGAAUUUUUACAGUUAUUCAUAAGUGGAUCUUGAAAUGUCUUUUUCACCGUGGACAGUUUAAAUUCUAAACCUCUAAUUCAGUGUAUCAUACUGAUGGGUUGUUAUUUUUCACAAGGUGCUGCAUUCUAAGAAUAGAUGGAUCAAAUUUUUAAAAGCUGUUUUCUUCCCUUGUUUCUUUUUUAUUCUCUAAUGUAUUAUAUUUGUGUUUUAUUAUAUGCACAUUAUGGAGUAUUUAGGAAUAACUGCUGGUUCUUCUAAUUUAUUUGUCCACCUGUUAUUCUUACAUCCUGGCCACUGUUCUCUGAUUUGUAGCUGUGACUUUCUUUGGACAUUGCUUGCCUGACCUGACUAGUUACUUUUUAUAUUUAUCCAUUUGCUUAGCAUAGUUCUGGAGUUUCCUGUUGCAGAGCUCCUUGCUGUAUUGGCAGUUACAUAUAAGAGAAAGUUAGUCUCUCAUCCAAUUAAAAACCUGUCUUUGAUUUUUUUCCUUUCUAGAUGUUCAAAAAACAACAGCUCUCUACUCACUGA